AUGGAAAAUAUACUUAACUUUAAAAAUUUAGCAAUAGAUUUGUGGAAUUUUUCUGAAUCUUUGGCUAUUGAUAUGACUCUUCAUUACUAAACUUAUUUUUCUCAUAAAGUUUAGGGAGUAUUAAAACUGAUAAAUGCUCAAGAAUGCAUUGGAAGUCUGAUUAUUAUUUUAAUGAUGAAUUAGAAGAGCAAUAUUAUAAAGAGAAAAUUCAAAGCUGCAUUUUGUUAAGUUGCAAAGGUAAUUUUAUUCUUUAUUCAUAAAUUUAUUCGAUAAUCAUUAAACAAAAAUAAAUUUUAACAUAAAAGUUUAGAAUAAUCUGUAUAUAAUUAAGAUAUUUUUAAUAUUUCCAAAAUUCAUUUUUAUAAAGUAUCUGAAUUCAUAACAAAUUUUUUUUAACAAAUGGAUAGUAAUUCAAAUAAAGAAAACACUUAAUUUAUCAAAGAAAAACUUAACUAUAAAAGAGCACCAUCAAAUUCAGUAUUUUUACUAUCCUAAUUUAAAGCUUCUAUUAUGGGAGGGUAAGAUCUGAGAGAUAUUUCGAUUUCUGAUACUAAGAUUAAUUGUUUAAGCUUUUUUGCUAGUGAUCUAUAAUCUAGUAAAUUUUCUGGAGUCGAACUUAAUGGAUGCAACUUUAAUCUAUCAAAAAUUAAAAAUUCUAAAUGGUCUAUAAUUUGUAAUGAGUGA